UACCACGCCACGGAGCGCGUGUGCGUCACAUCUUAGGAGGCGGGCGCGUCCCGGCUAGGUUUCCUCGGCGACCGCCGGGGUCCGCCGACUCGCGGUGUGUCGGGGCUUUGCAGACAUGGGGACCCCUCCAGGCCUGCAGGCCGACUGCGAGGCGCUGCUCAGCCGCUUCCAGGAGAAGGACAGCGUGCGCUUCGAGGACUUCACGGAGGUCUGGAGGAGCAUGAAGUUCGGGACCAUCUUCUGUGGUAGAAUGAGAAAUUUAGAAAAGAACACGUUUACAAAAGAAGCUUUAGCUUUGGCUUGGCGAUAUUUUUUACCUCCAUACACCUUCCAGAUCAGAGUUGGUGCUUUGUAUCUGCUCUAUGGAUUAUAUAACACCCAACUGUGUCAACCAAAACAAAAGAUUAGAGUUGCCCUGAAGGAUUGGGAUGAAGUUUUAAAAUUUCAACAAGAUUUGAUAAAUGCACAACAUUUUGAUGCAGCGUAUAUUUUUAGAAAGCUACGACUAGACAAAGCAUUUCACUUUACAGCAAUGCCCAAAUUGCUGUCAUACAGAAUGAAGAAAAAAAUUCAGCGAGCUGAAGUUACGGAAGAAUUUAAGGACCCAAAUGAUCGUGUAAUGAAGCUUAUCACUUCUGAUGUAUUAGAGGAAAUGCUGAAUGUUCAUGAUCAUUAUCAGAACAUGAAACAUAUAAUUUCAGUUGAUAAGUCCAAUCCAGACAAAGCCCUCAGCUUGAUAAAGGAUGAUUUUUUUGACAAUAUUAAGAACAUAGUUUUGGAGCACCAGCAGUGGCACAAAGACAGGAAGAAUCCAUCCUUAAAAUCAAAAGUUAAAGAUGGAGAAGAAAAGAGAGAAGGAAAUUCACAAGAAUCAGAGAGAUGUGAAAGGGCAGAAUCAUUAGCAAAAAUAAAAUCAAAGGCCUUUUCAGUUGUUGUUCAGGCCUCCAAGUCCAGAAGGCAUCGUCAAGUCAGACUUGACUCUUCUGACUCUGACUCUGCGUCUGGUCAAGGACAGAUCACAGCCACUAGGAAGAAAGGAAACAAAGAAAUGUUGAAAUCAGCAGGAAAGAAGAUGUCUUCCAGGAAAAGAGAUGACACACAGAAUAUACAUAAGGAAGAUAAAUGUUUAAGUCUGAGUAUGCCUGUAAUUACAGAAGAGGACGAGGAGAACAAAAGUUACAGUGAAACAGAGUUCACUGCACCCAAGAGGAAAAGAAAACACAGAACAAAGAGCUUGGUGUAGAGUUCUGAAUUUUGAGCUUUCUGAAGAAGAAAAGAUUUUAUGUUUUGUGUAUUGAACAGGAAGGUUGCCAGUAUUAAAAAUAAUUCUUCUGGGAAACUGUAGGUUAUUUUUUUUUGAAAUGGUAAUACUUUAACAUACUUCUAGAAUAAAAAUACAAAAAAUUAGAGUAAGAAUUUGCUCUGAAAUUUAAUUUUAACAUUUUUCUUUUGUGAAAGCCGCAUAGAGAUAAAAUUUAGAUUCAGAAUGUUACAGAAAUAAUUCUGCCUUGUUGCACCCAAGAGAAAUAAAUACCUACCACCCCCCCACACACAAAAGAAAUAAUCCUGUUUUUUGCAGAUUAUUAUUAUUUCCUACAACUUCCUGUGAUAUUAUACUAUGUUAGUACAGUUGUGGUAAUAUUAACUAUUGUAUUUAAAAUCUUUUUUUCUUGAAAUACUUAAUGUUUAUUACAUGUAAAUGGCUAUUUUGUAUCUGGUAAUGGUUUUGUUUAUGAUGUGUAUUAACUAUUUUAUAUUGUAUGUCUAAGUGCACUAAAGUUUUUGCCUUAUUUGCUUUGUUUUUUAGUAUAUGAAACAUACAUGGGUAGUAACUUCUGUGAUUAAUAACUUAGGAAGCUCAGUUUCUACUUCUGCAAGCAAUUAAAUAUUCUUUGGUGCUUAUUGUAAAGCUCCCUUUGGCCUAACAUUUAUGUAUGUAUCCAUUCUGUUUGUAUAUGUAUAGAUAUAUGUAUACAUCUGUCCAUAUCUAUAUCUCUAUAUAUUUUAUAGUAUGAUUAGUAAAAUACAUUAAGUACAACAUUACUGAUUAUUUCUAGUAAAACCUUUAAGAGUGGUAAUGUAAAUUCCAGAAUGUGUCUAUGGUACAGAAUCGUUGGUACUCAGAAAAAAAUUUUAUAGCUUCCUGGAUGUGCCUCUCUGUUAAUUUCUCAUUUGAGACAUUUAAAUGGAGGUUGUCUGUGCCAUGUUGUUUGAAUUGCUGCCAUCUCCAUAUCAUAUGGUUGACUCAGCCUGUCUUACAGUAUACUCCGUGCUGUUUUCCAGCAUUGUUAAUUCAGGAAUUCUGCAGAUGUCUUGUGAGUGACAUUGUGUGAUAUCUAGAAUCUUUCGAAAUCAAAAUCCUGACACUAGCCCAACUAAAACUUCCAUUUAUGACAGUCUAUGUCAUCACACUAACUACUAAACAAAAUUGUUUCCCAUGACUGACUUCAGAUGUUUCUGGUAAUAGAUGGGGCAGUUUUUGUAAUGUGGACAUUGGCAGAGCUUCUGGGAUUUAAAUAUUCUAGGGUUGAGCCACUCAGAGGUAUGGGUCCAUUAUUGGCCACUUGUAUAGCAAGUUAUUUGCUAGAACUUGUCUCAUCAUUAAAGUCUAGAAACACUUUACAGAUUACACAGUGAGUUGCCCUCUAUUUUUUUUUUUGUAACAGUACUUAUGAUAUACAGUGGUACCUCGGUUUUCGAACGUAAUCCAUUCCAGAAGACCGUUCGAGUUCUGAAACGUUCGCAAACAGCCGACAGCUAGGCCUCAGGAUCUUGCACUCAGCAGAAGCUGCGUGACGUGUUCGACUUGCGAGGCAUGUUCGAGAACCGAAGCAUUUACUUACGGGUUUACGGUGUUUGUAAACCGAAAUGUUCGUCAACAGAGACGUUCGAAAACCAAGGUACUACUGUACAAGGUAUCAUUUCAUUGUACAAUGAAGAAACUGUACCUCAGGAUGGUAAAUGCCUUGCUCACAUUCACAACAUUAGUAAAUGGUGCAUCUGAGGAUACAAAUGCAGGGCUCUCUGGCCCAUAAUUUCAGUGUCAUUUUAUAUAAGCCAACAGAAAUGGAAAUCCAGACAGAUACUCUUGACUGCAACCAAUAAAGCCCUAUUUCAAAAUGGCUUAAACAAGAAGGAAAGUAUUUUAUAACCAGUUGAAUCUCAGUGUGGGGUGGCUCUGGGUUAUAUAUAUCUGGGUUAUAUCAUUUCAAUGAUGGCUUCAUACAUUCAGGUUUGGGUCCGUAGCGAAAGCUUUUUAUUAGUGCAGGGAACUGUUUACCAGCCAAAUUCCUAGAUGCUAGCCAAGGACCAACCUUGCAAGCAAGCGUUUCUAAGGUAGCAGUCUCAGACCUACUAUGUUACAUCUUUUCUGCACAGGUGGGUUCAUUUCAUUUUUCACUAUUUCGAACAAUGUUGUGUUGACCUUUGUGUGUAUACCUUGGCUUACUUAUGUUAGUGUUUCUGUUGGAUAAAUCUACAUGUGAAUUUGCUUAUCAAAGAGUAUGUGUUUAAAAUUUUGAUAUUUAUUGCCAAAUUGGACUCCAGAAAGACUGCCCGUUUACAUUCUUACUAACAGUAUUUGCGAGGGACUCUCCCCACCUCCAUUACACUGGUUAUCAUUCUUUAUAAUCAUUGUCAAUUGAAUGCAGCCUGGAUCUUAAGAACAGAAAAUGUAGAAAGAUAAAAGUAGCAAAACUGUACUAAGCAGAUGUGAGUUGUUACUGGUUACGUCUGACAGAGUGCAGUGCUUUAGCCGAUAGCAAGUUUUUCAUGAAUAUAUUCUGCAGAUAGGGGGUGAAUCACUUGAUGGAAAUGAAACUUAUUGAACAGAGUUCAAAUGGAAAAUAUUUGUAUUUUAACAGUGGGUUUUCAGAAUUAAAAUGUGGUGUCCAAACACUCGUUACUUACUAAAUUAAGCUAUUUGUAUGUUCAACUUAAUUACAAUAAAAUGUACCAAGUCCUAAAUACAUUAUUUUAAUAUUAAAUAUUUACUAAAUUAAUGAUUUGUAAGGGAAAAGGCAUUGUGGUCAUGUUUAUAAACCUGAGCUGUGUUUUAAACGAUACCUCUACUUUCAGAAAUCAUAAUAUAUGAAAGUAUUAUUCAAAGUCGAGAAUUGGAAUUAUACUGGUUUUAAUGCUACAUGCCAGGUUUACUUGGAGGAUCUAAAAAACCAUGAAUAAAAGAAGUGGGACCAUAAGGAAAAUGAGUAUGGAUGACUAUUAGGAGAAUAUUUUUCACUUUGAAAUUAAAAUGUUAAUUUAUUUCUUCAGAAGGAAAGUACCCUGGAAAUGUGCAGUUCUGUAUGAGAAAUCUUACUGUGUUGUCUUUGUUUCCUUUUCUGGUACUGAUAAAAGUUUAUGUUGUUGUGAGCACACCUAAGAUCCAGUCUGGGUUUAUAACCCCUAUCUGUUAAUGCUUCAAAGGUUUUCUAAUUGUGAGUAGACAUAUUCAAUGUGGGGAAACACUCCCAAUCUCUUCAACUUCAGUUAAAGUGCGUGUUCCCUGAAACAGACACAGUUGUACCAGCUGCAAGGUGUUUUCUACUGCCGAAGGAGGACUAAUGGUCCAACUUUUAGGCAAAGAUUUUGUCUUCUAUGGGGAUUUCCACAACAGUGUUACAGGGAAAUUCAUUAAAAAUGCAUGUAUCUAAGUGUUUUGAAUACUUGUAAUUUUCUCACCUAGAAACUAAGAAGUUAAAAAUUUGUAUCCUAGUUUUGCCACUGAUUCAUUGUGCAUCCUUAAAGAAUUCAUUUCUUUUCAAAUCUUUUCUCAGCUGUAAAUUCAAGAUAAUACAGAAGAUUUUACUGAGUUGUCAGAAGUAUUAAGAAUGCAUAAUGCUUUGAAAAUGCAAAGAUAUGAAUACUAAACUUCAAAAGAAUUGCCGCUGAAAAGUGUAAGCUUUUAAUAUACACUUGGAACCCAAGGAAACCGGAGUGAUUAUUAGUGCUUAAUGUGAUUUUUGAGGUGAUUUUCUUAUGUCAUAAUAAUUAAAAGGUUGUGCGUUUACACAGAAACUCAGAUUGACAGGAGACAAAGCUCUUAUGGCUCAAUCAACAACCUAAGGAGCACCUGGUUUCUUUUUUCCAACUUGAAUUAGUUAUAAUAUAUAUCCUCUUCCUAAUAGCCUAUUUUGGUUA